AUGGAGGCUGAUUGGAUCGAGACGGCCAGGGUAACGGUCCCAAGCCCGUCUCCCAGUGCUCGGCUCACAACAUUCGCAUUCGAUCCAUCGCAGGAGCUGCUAUGGGCCGGCAACGAGCAUGGUAAGAUCACCUCGUUCUAUGCUCCAGAAUUGCGGAAGUAUACUUCAUAUCGGGGCCAUGUCAGUAAUACCCCACGAGGCGCGCCUGGCAAUGCGCCGGUCAAGCAGUUCCUCUUCUGCGACAAAGGCAUCAUUUCAGUGUCGCCCAGAAGCGUACAUCUGUCUUCUCGCCGUGGACUCGCACAAUGGCAUGUGUGUCAGAUCGCCAUGAUUGAUCUUCAAUGCAUGAGCUUCACCAGUCGUGAGGCCAACGAAGUCAUUGUUGCUGGCUGUCAAGCGCACAUGUUCCGGAUCGACGUCGAGAAAGGCACAGUACUCGAGACCAUAACCCAGCAAAGUCCGGUACGAUACACUCUGAUGCGACUGGCUGGCCAACACAUUUGCGCUGCCUCCCUUGACGGCUCUAUACACCUACUGGAUCCAAAGACAUUGUCUGUAGUGAACAGCUGGAAGGCUUAUGCUGGAUCUGUAAACGAUAUGGAUGCCAGAGGUGACUACCUGUUGACGUGCGGCUGGGCACAAGUACAGCAUCAAGGAAUGGGCCUCGAAAGGCUUGUUCGUGUAUAUGACCUCAAAGCUCAGCGCCCGGCGCCUCCUGUCCCAUUCCAACAAGGUGCAGCUUCCGUGCGUCUCCACCCUAAGCUUUCGUCUACAUGCAUUGUGGUCUCGCAGAGUGGCCUCGUCCAUUCGAUCGACAUACAAAACCCCGACAUGCCAAGAAUGAAAUAUGCACAACCAGACCUACAGUACACGAGCCUGGAGCUUAUGCCAUCGGGCAAAGGACUUGCAUUAGCGGACAGUAAUGGUCAGAUCACAAUAUGGGCGACGCCAUCCAAGGUCCAGUUCACCGAAUUUGGUAAAGCACCCGACUUCGCAGAUGCCACUGCAAAGACUCAAAAGCUCAGCUGGUCUGGAGAAUCGCCACUGAACCAGGUUGGCAUACCUUACUAUCGUGAAGCUCUGUUCUCUGGCUGGCCCAACAGCCUGUUACAUCAAGUUGGUACACCACCGGCACGUAUAGACCCUCUAGACAACACUUUCCGACCCUUCGACUAUGGCAGAGUCGGCCCAAAUCCUCGGAAGGGACGUCGAUACGAGGCUUCGCCUGUUAAGGCUUUCACAAAAUCCGCGGAUCCUUUGGCAGCACCCAAAUUCCUGAGCGAAAAGCCACGGGAGGACGAUGGUGAUCGAGAUCAAUCGCGCCGCAUGAGCGAAGACUUCGCCAAAGCUCUCGCCCGAGUCCAACUAGAUGGUACUGCUGCAUCGGAUGCAAAAUUUCUGUAUCGGAUCGUGGAGAUCAAGUACAGCAAAUUUGGCGUGGAGGACUUCGAUUUCCGAUACUACAACAAGACCAAGUAUGCUGGCCUGGAGACACACAUCGUGAACUCAUAUGCAAACCCACUACUUCAGCUGCUUCGCUUCACAAUGGUAGCUCGCAACCUCGCUCUCAACCACACUGCGCAAGACUGCAAGCUGGACAAUUGUCUUCUGUGUGAACUGGGCUUCCUGGCAGAUAUGCUGGAGAAGGCCAAAGCUCCAAAUUGCCAGGCAACGAACUUCCUAAAGGCGCUCAGCAGGGAGCCUGAUGCCGCCGCGCAGAAUAUCCUCGAAGAGAGCAUGGCAGGAAGCUCUCUUACCGCCAUGCUGCAGAACCUUCAUCGCUUCUUGUUGCAGAAGUUUGAGCGCAACUUCCUAUCGGUGGCACCAUCUCUAGACCAAUUUCAUUUGGCGUUUGGCACAAUAGGAUUGGAUCAUAUGCAAUGUCAACAUUGUGGCUACGAAAGUAGGGUGGAUAAGGUCUGGUACACCCACGAUCUGCAAUACCCUCAGGUACAAGCCAAGUUCCGGAAUGCGCGUCGAUACUUCUCACAAGUGCUUAAGAGCUCUAUCGAGAGGUCUCAUCAGCACAGGGGCUGGUGUUUGAGGUGCAAUGGCUAUAAAGCUAUGCUGUCACAUCGUGCGAUUCAUUGUCUACCAGCAACGCUGAUGCUGAACGCUUGUGCAAGCACACCAGAGGCCAGACAUACGUGGUCCACGCCAGGUUUCUUGCCGAAGGAGAUUGGUGUCAUCGUUAACAACGGUCGCUUCUACCCGUACGAAGGUCAGGAUUUGCAGGUUCAUCUUCAGCGCGGACACUACAACAUGACUGUGUAUCAGCUAGUUGGUGUGGUGGCGGAUGUCAAGACAGGGGACCAGGAGAAAUCACAUCUUGUGGCAUCUAUAGACACAGCCUUGGCGGAACCGGAUCGUUCGCAGCAAGGCAACUGGCACCUCUUUAACGACUUUCUGGUGCAGAAAAUCUCGCCCGAGGAUGCAGUCUACUUCAACCCCCAGUGGAAAUUACCUUGUGUGAUCACAUACCAGGUCAAAUCUAGCUCGCACAUCGUUGACGACAGCUGGAAAGAGCGCAUCGAUACAAGCAUACUGUACCGAAGUCCGCAGCAGCCAGCUCUCACGCCAGACUACAAAUUCACGCCACUGUCCGAGAAGGAACCGCUUCCGGGUAGCACGUCUCAUGUGGGUAUCGAUGCCGAGUUUGUGCGAUUACUGCGCGAAGAGAUUGAUGUUGGUGCUGAUGGGUCUCGAAUGAUGACACGUCCGGCACGAUCAGGCCUCGCUCGAGUCUCUGUACUGCGCGGCGAUGGACUGGACCAAGAGCUACCUUUCAUCGAUGACUAUAUCUCGAUAGACGAGCCAAUCGACGACUAUCUGACGAAGUACUCCGGCUUGCAGCCUGGUGACCUGACAGAAGGCUCUAGCCGUUUCAAACUUGUCGGCUUGAAGGAGGUGUACAAGAAGCUGUGGGUUCUUUUGAACCUUGGCUGUACGUUUAUUGGUCACGGCUUGUCGAGUGACUUCCGCAUUAUCAACAUUCACGUGCCAGACUCUCAGGCCAUCGACACUCAGGAGCUAUUCUCGCUGCGCGAGCGAGCUCGACGCAAACUAUCCUUGCGGUUCUUGGCAUGGGUGGUUCUGAAGGAAGAAGUGCAAAAGAAUGCUGCCAUGGGUCACGACAGCAUCGAAGACGCACGCACGGCCAUAAAGCUCUGGCGGAAGUAUCUCGAGUACAGCAAUGCUGGCAUCUUUGAGACCAUUAUGGAUGAAGUCUGGUCUAAGGGACGACAGACGGAGUUCAAAGUUCCGAGUGAUAUCAAGCGUCUGCCAGAGACACCCACGGCCAGUGCACCGGGAACACCCUUGCGCCGGCCAGUACGGAUGGCGACACCUCAGCGUUCAGAUUACGGCAGUCCCACGAAGUGA